UUUAUACCGAUUUGAGCAGAGAAGCUUCAAGGCAGGAAAAAAUCCACUCCCCCCAACCUUAGAAUCAUAGGGACUGCGCUACAGGAGAGAGUGCUUGCGCAGAGCUGUGCUAACUCACAUGAGAGUACAGGAGAGAUCAGCUGUAAUAAGAGUGAGAUGCAACCAUGGAUCUUCUGCCCUUCGGACUGAACAUCAGCAACAACUCUGAACCUGGAGCCAACCUGACUGCUGCCAAGUGGCCAGGUCUGCAGAGCAUCUCUUAUACCAGUAUUAUCAUGCCUUCUGUGUUUGGCAUUAUCUGUCUGCUGGGCACUGCUGGCAACUCUGUAGUCAUCUUUACUGUCGUGAAAAAGUCCAAGUUCCACUGGUGUCACAAUGUCACAGACAUCUUUAUUAUCAAUCUCUCAGUCGUGGACCUCCUCUUCCUCUUGGGCAUGCCCUUCAUGAUCCACCAGCUCCUGGGAAAUGGCAUCUGGCACUUUGGUGAGACGAUGUGUACACUCAUCACUGCCAUGGACGCUAACAGUCAAUUCACCAGCACUUACAUUCUGACUGCUAUGUCCAUUGACCGGUAUUUAGCUACAGUUCACCCCAUCUCCUCUUCAAGAUUCAGGAAGCCCUUUGUUGCUACCUUGGUUAUCUGUCUCCUCUGGAUACUCUCUUUUAUCAGCAUUACCCCAGUUUGGCUCUAUGCCAGGCUUAUUCCAUUCCCUGACGGUACUGUGGGUUGUGGUAUCCGCCUUCCACAUCCAGAAACUGACUUGUACUGGUUCACUUUGUACCAGUUUUUUCUGGCCUUCACCCUUCCCUUUGUGGUCAUUGCAGCUGCCUAUGCACGCAUCCUCCAACACAUGAAGACUUCCGUAGCCCCAACUACUCAGCGCAGCAUCCAGCUGAGGCUCAAGCGAGUGACACGAACUGCCAUUGCUAUAUGUCUGGUCUUCUUUACCUGUUGGUCAACAUAUCACCUGCUACAGUUGAUACAGCUGUCCAUCAGCCGCCCAACCCUUACCUUCUACUACACGUACAAUGCAGCCAUCAGCCUGGGCUAUGCAAACAGUUGCCUGAACCCCUUUGUGUAUAUUAUGCUCUGUGACACUUUUCGUCAACGCCUGGUCCUCUCUGUCAAGCCUAUGGCACAGGAGUAGCAGAGGUCAGCCUCAUGGUGCCAGAAAGAUGGAUAUCAGGCCCAAGAUUAAAACCACCUGACGUAAAAGAAAUAUAAUAUAUGGUUGCAAGCACCUUGAUCCCAGAAAAACUUUGAAUAGUCAGAGAUUAGCCAGAGAUAAUUAGAAAGAACAACUUGAGGGAACAAUAAAAUAAUGAUAAAACUUAGCCGAACAACUCUAAAAGGGAAUAAGGUGAUUGUCUACAGAACUUGAAGGAUGCAAACACCAAGGAAAAAGGAUUAGUUAGGAUGAUAUUAGAUCCAUAGCUAGAGUAACUGAGCAAAGGAAAAUUUUCAAGAGGAACAGCACCCUCCCCUCUUGGAGCAGAAAGAGGAUGGUGGCUGACAACAGUUAUCAAGACCCAAGGAAAGGUCUAAAGCCAUGAACACAGUAGUGGUCUCUUAAAAAGCUUCUAGACUCCUACUCAGACACAGGGUACCUUUUCUCCAUUGAGAUGUUCCUGGGAGGCAAGGGAUUAAAUUAAAAUAGAGUAGGUCCCAGACAAAGAAAAUGUGCAAACUACAACUAAUGAUGGAAAUAGAUAUUAAUAAAUGAGCCCAACAUAAUUAGAAAGCUGUAGUAAACACAUACAAGCACAAUCUUGGAAAGUCAAAGCUUUAGAUUUUACGAAAAGUCUUUCUCUCUAUUUCUGUCUCGUGUCCAUCUAUAGCACCUUGUGUUGAGAUAUUUGAAGGAUGUGAAUAUGUGGAGUAACUCCAAUUGUCAUAUUUUGGAAGAAAGAUAAGGUAGUUUAGGUUCUCUGAGUGGACUCACAGAACAUAUUAUUAAAAUCAAGGAAAAUGUUCCCUUAAGUUGUCAGUGGAGUUAGUGGUGGAGGGUCUGCAUGUUUGAGUCAGUGGCUUGUCUGUGACUAAGGAGAAGAGGAAUUGUUGAUUUAUAUUUACAAAACACUAGUUGCUAAUAUAUCCAGAGUGUACCACUACUGAAAUAAAGUUAGUCUGCUUUUUAUGCUUCCCAUGACAAACACACCUGUAUUAAGCACAGCAGGUGAAAUGGCCUGAGAUAAAGGAUGUCAGACUAGCUAAUAUAAUUAUCCCCUCUGAGUUUAAAAUCUAUUAAUAAUAUCUGCAUCAUAUUCAUCCUGUGGUAACUAAGAGUUUGUGGUCCUCAUGAAAAUGUGGAUGAUGAACAAUCGUUUGCAAAUAAGAUUACUCCAUGCAGGACUUCGUUGUUAGAUAGGUCAUGAUGACAGGAGAUAAAAAUACAUCACAGUUAAGGUUCCUUGAGGCACCUUACAUUUGGGUAUUCUGGCUUUCAAGCAUCUUAUUUCAACAACAUUAUUCUUAUGAGCUGCCUUCAGCAGCUGGGAGAAGUAAGGAAGUCCUGUUCCUCUUCAGGAUGGGGGUGUUGGUGCAUGCUUAGGUGCUUGGUGGGGACAGGACACACAAUUUAGUUGGCAUGUACAAAUUAUAAGAGGAUGGACCAUGCUUAGUACAGAACUAAUCUUCUGAGAGUGUAGUAGUCAAACUCUAACCACACUUGAGCGAAAACAUACACACUGCAGGGAGUGGAGGGGUUGCCAAAAAGUUACAGUUUAAUUUCUGGGUGGUACUUCACAACAACACAUCCCUGAUACCAUGGUAAUUUAUGCCAAAUCUCAAUUCCCUGCUGCAAAACAUGGAAGUGACAGAGCUGCUUAAUAAACCAGCGGUGAGCAUUUUUCAACAUGAGUAAAAUAUACACAGUACUUCUACCAUCUGGUCCUGAGAAACAGCUGAACUAUUUUAACUGAAGCUUUCCAGACACGUUCAGUCCAAGACAGACACAUAACAUGGAACAUUUCGGCUCAAGCGAACAGUCUGGCAAAGGUAUAAACCACAGGGUCUUGGAAUGGAAGCUACGAAGAAACCUUAACUGCAGGCAUCAAACAAACCACCUUUGUUUGAUUUGUGAAAUCUGUAAGAUAAGAAACCACCAUGAUGUAGCUGGAAAAAGACACUGGAGCCUUUUAUGCAUCAUAACAAUUAGGUUAUGGAUUUACCAUUUUUUCCUGAUAUCAACAAUGGUAGAGACAGCACCCACAGGAUUUAGAUGUCUGAAACUAUGGUGUCCAAUCAUACUAGGUGACACGGGGGGCAACGGAGACGCACACCCACAGAGCUUUACAUGUCCAUUGCUAUUGCUACCACUAGAGUUGGAUUUGUAGUAGUGAAUUAUUGGUUCCAAAUCUGACAAUGAAGACAUAACCAGGAAGGCAGUCAUACCUAAUGUAGACCAGAAACUUAGAACAUUGUUAUGCCUAUGUACACUACAGUAAUAAGACAGUAAAAUGUGAUUGUAGUUUAACACUUUUUUCUUGUCUGCAUGAACAAAAGAAACAUGUCCUAAACAGUGAGGAUAUCAGUAUAAAAAGUAAAACUUUCUCACUUUUUUUAACACUAGCACAGCUCCUUCACAGGUACAAACAGGUUGCAGAUAUUCAGACUUAGGCUAGCUUUUAGGAGGACUGGAUGACACGGUGAUAAAAUCACAGGUACCUUACACUGAGAUUUCCACAGUUCUAGGUAGAGCAGCACCAGUGGGAAACUUGAAGGAAAAGCUCAGCCAGCAAGUUUAAGAGGAACAAUAGGGGCACCUAUAUAUAAUUAUUUUGAUGCAAGUAGUAGCUGAUUGUGAGUUUGGCUAGUAUCAUCUGUAGCCAGGCAAUAAAGCCCUGAAUUGCAUCAGACUUCCCAGAAACCGUUGCUACCAAAAUAAAUCCUUUUAAUCUA